AUGCAGUUGCAGGCCAUCACCGUCUGUGUUGUUGCUGCUCUUGGUGUACUAUCAUGGCUUUUGAGGACCAGAUCUAGGCGGGCCAGACUCCAGCGUCUGGGACAACCUCCUGUCAUGGUGCCGUACUGGUUGCCCUUUGGCCUCGAUACCGCCUACGCCAUGGUGUCACACCUGUUGAAUCUGGAUUUCUUCGAAUGGGCACGAGAAUUGAUGAACAACCCUGGUCGAACCUGUGAGCUGUAUAUUGCCGGCACACGCCUGAUCAUGACCGAUGACUGCGACAACAUAAGAGCAAUCAUGUAUGGUCAGUUUGGUGAAUUCUUGAAAGGGAAAUUUACGCACGAAGUCUUUGCAAGUGUGACAGGCGAUUCUGUCUUUUCAACUGAUGGCGAUGUCUGGGUCGCCAACAAGAACCAACUCCGCCCAUACCUGUCAAAGAGCCGACCUUCAGAUUUCGACGUGACUGAAACCCAUGUCAAGUUCUUUCUUGACCAGCUGGACAAUGGAGGCGAAGCUAUAGAGGUCUAUGACCUCGUCGAUCGAUUACAGCUCGAUGUCGUCACCCACACGUUCUUUGGUGAAUCAACAGACACAUUGCACGGCAAGCAGCAACCGUUUCGAGAUGCCAUGGACAAGGUCUUGACGUAUAACACAAUGAGAAUUCUGGCAGGGCAUAUAUCACUGUACUUUCCUGACACGGUGUUCAUCCCAAAAGCCACGCGAGAUCUUAACAGCUAUAUGGACAUGAGGGUCGCAGAGACGCUAUCCUUGCCGACUGCUGAUCUUGAGAAACGUGGAUCUUCCAUCACUCUAAUGGAGGCGUUGGCUUUGCAGAAGGCCGAUGCCAAAGUAAUCAAAAACCAGCUCAUCUCGGUCUUACUUGCAGGCAAAGAUCCAGUUGGAAUCACCAUCUCAUGGGCUCUCUACGAGCUUGCACGCAACCCGGAAGUGGUCAAGCUCCUGCGAAAAGAAAUAGAACAAGUAUGCGGAUUUGAUGCUCCACCUACAGAGCAACAUCUCAAGCAGAUGACCCUGCUUAAAAACAUCAUCCGCGAGACUCUGCGGCUCUAUCAUCCAUUGGGAUUCAAUGUACGUGAGGCCAAGUUCGACACUACUAUCCCAAGGGGUGGCGGACCGGAUGGAAACUCGCCCGUGACCAUCUUGAAGGGUGAAAUGGUUGCCUAUUCGGUGAUGUCGUUGCAACGAAGGCACGAUAUCGUGGGUCCGACUGCUGACGAAUGGUUGCCCUCCCGCUAUGAUAAUUGGCAACCGCAGACAUGGGAGUUCAUCCCCUUCAACCAUGGCCCUAGGAUCUGUUUGGGCAGGAUGUUCGGAUACUUCCAGAUGGAAUAUGUGCUCUGUCGCAUCUUCCAAAAGUUUGAGCGGAUCGAGUCUGGUGACAAUAAAACCCAGAAGAUCAAGAUUGAGCUGAACACGAAGAUGGCAUUCCCUGUCAUGUGCCGGUUUUACAAGAGCACAUAA